AUGGCUAAGCCAGUCAAGCCAGCGGCAUGGCAAGUGGCGCAAGAGCCGCAGGCAUUAAGCCUGCCAGCGUUCCGCCAGUGGCAGCGCCGCAUUGCCAGGCAUCGCCAGCACCUCAUAGCAGCAAAAGAGGUCACAGAUAUCUCGCAGUACGAGCGAGAGGUUCAAGAGCUCGAGCGAGCCUCUGCGGCACACAAGAGCUCUCGAAAGGCGCAGAAGCGCGAGGAAGAAGCGAAGCUAAAGAAAGAUAACGUCCGCUUAGUUCAAAAGCUAUGCGAUGUCGCCCGCCAGUCGGAGAAACGACAAGAAGCUAUCUCCGCGCGGUCGGAUCCAGCUGGUGCUAGCGUCCUGAAAUUCAAGCCUCAAAGAAUGAAGAGGCAGCAGGCGAUUUUCGCCGACAACUUGGCGCUGUUGCAUCGGCUGGAGACGGUGCGUUCGGUGGUGCCUUCGGCCUCACAGGCCGUGGAGUCGCACUCCAGACAUCGGGCGAUCGCUGCACGUUUGUCUCGGUCGCGCCGUCCAGUUGGGAUGGCACGUCCAGUCCCUCCUCCAGGGAGACCGUCUGGACCGCGGCUGCGUCGAGGCCCUGGGGCAGCUGAGCCUGAGCAAAGCAGGAUGGCCGUGCUGCCCAAAGUGCCUCCUGAAGUUCCGGAAUUGCCCGAAGUGACAUUUUCCGAAGUGGAAGCAGGAGCCAGGAGAGUUCCGCUUCAUUUGGCAGAAGCAGAGGCCGUGCUGCUUCUUCCUGCGUUGGAGGAUAGGGAGGACCUUAGCAGAAUGCUCCCGAUCACCUACAACGAGCAUGGGAUGGGAACGGCCUCUCCAGUCAAAGAGAAGGACACGAGUGAUGCAGGUAGUGAAUUCCCUGAGGAUUUCGAGGAUCCAAGUGAUUCCGAGUCCGAGAGAUAG